CCCCGCCUCCUGCCCCCUCCCGCGCGCCCGCCCGCCGCCCGCCGCCGCCGCCGCCGCCGCCGGAGCUCUGUAGUAUGGCAUCGAGGAGAAUGGAGACCAAACCUGUGAUAACCUGUCUCAAAACCCUCCUCAUCAUCUACUCCUUCGUCUUCUGGAUCACUGGCGUGAUCCUGCUGGCCGUCGGAGUCUGGGGCAAGCUCACUCUGGGCACCUAUAUCUCCCUCAUUGCCGAGAACUCCACAAAUGCCCCCUACGUGCUCAUCGGAACUGGCACCACUAUCGUCGUUUUUGGCCUGUUCGGAUGCUUUGCCACAUGCCGUGGUAGCCCAUGGAUGCUGAAACUGUAUGCCAUGUUUCUGUCCCUGGUGUUCCUGGCUGAGCUCGUCGCUGGCAUUUCAGGCUUUGUGUUUCGCCAUGAGAUCAAGGACACCUUCCUGAGAACUUACACGGACGCCAUGCAGAAUUACAAUGGCAACGACGAGAGGAGCCGGGCUGUGGAUCAUGUGCAGCGCAGCCUGAGCUGCUGUGGCGUGCAGAACUACACCAACUGGAGCACCAGCCCCUACUUCCUGGAGCACGGCAUCCCCCCGAGCUGCUGCAUGAACGAGACCGACUGCAAUCCCCAGGACCUGCACAACCUGACCGUGGCUGCCACUAAAGUGAACCAGAAGGGCUGUUAUGAUCUGGUGACCAGUUUCAUGGAGACCAACAUGGGGAUCAUCGCGGGAGUGGCUUUUGGAAUCGCAUUCUCCCAGCUGAUUGGCAUGCUGCUGGCCUGCUGCCUGUCCCGGUUCAUCACGGCCAACCAGUAUGAGAUGGUGUAAGGAGUCUUUCAACAACGAUGGAGUAAGAGACCUGUUUCCAAAAGGCAUGGCAGCAAUCUUUGAAAGACCUCCAAAGAAUGUUAGAGCACAGUACCUAGUACACCUGUCCUAACCCUCCCACCCCGCGUGCAACUGACUCUCCCACACAGCCUCUGCUCCAUCGUUCCGCCUGCUUCAUGCAUAGCGUUCCAUUUUGUGAAGCCCUGUUGUGCCAGAGUGUAGCCAGGUUCCCUGCAUCUAGUCCAAGGGGACCCCACCUGAGGCCCUGUGCGUGCCUGCUCCUCCAUCUGUACUUGGUCCGCAGCCCAUUGUAGGUGACUAGUUCUUCACGCCGUCACUGGCCCUGCCGGGCCCUGCAUGUCGUGUGGGAGGCUCCUGUUAGCCCUUGAUGAUGACUGAUAAAUGCCACACUCCCUUAGAUGUAGAUAAGCAGAUAGCUAUCUGUUCUUUUGGCUUCAUCUCCUUUGGCUGGGUUUUCCUUUUUACUAAGGUUCUUUGCUACCUUAUUCGGGCUGCCUAGGACAUGUGGAGAGAUGCAUUGGUAACUGUUCAGGAGAAGCAAAGGACCUGGGUCAUAUGCACGAAGGGAAUGGUCGAGCUUUGGGCAGCAUCCUUCCUUGCUCCUUGUGGUUCCAUGCCUGGGAAUGCGGAGACCCUUUAGUGCCCCUAGGCCUCUCAGUUGAAAGCUGUCUUGUUGCUUCCUGUGAAGGAAAUAAUAUUACUUCUGGUUUUCUUCGAUUAACUGCUAUUAUUUUACUACUUAUUUCUAUUUUUUUUCUUUGCAUUGACAUCAUAGACAUUGAGGACCUCAUCAAAUCAAUUUAAAAACGAGUGUGAAGGGGGAACAAAAGUCAAAAUAUUUUUAAACAAUCUUAAAAAAGAAUGCCUCUGUCUCGCAUGCCAACAAGAAUGCAUUGAUAUCGUGAACAUUUGUGAUACAUGUAUUAAUAAAUAGAAUCGUUACAAA